GAGGGCCGUGAAGAGCAGCAGAGCCGCCAGCAAGCCGGCCUGGCUGUACUCCGCCAUUUCUGCUGUGUAUCAGCGAGCUGACGUCGCGUCACUUCCGGUCAGACCUUUCACAAUAAGAGAGGAGCUGAGCCUUGACACAUAUAAACGGAGCUGACUGCCAUGCGGUAGUAAACAGAGUGACGUCGUAUCUGUGGGACGAUCCGGUGGAUGGAUGAUUUGAAGCGACUGAAGGUGAAAGAUUAAAGAAUCAAAUCAGUAGAGACCCGGAGAUAGAGACCCAGAGACGCCUGAUAGGACUUGUCUCUUUGUCUCUUCAUGUUUCAGGACUUGUCACCAUGUUGAGCGUGGGGGGGGCGGUAAGGUGCGGCGUCCUGCAGCUUCCUGUACGAGGAGUCUGUUCUGCUGCGUUCAACAGGAAGUCACCUUCAUCUGGGCACACAUGUCCUGCUGGACCCCCUCCACCUGCUGGACCCCCUCCACCUGCUGGACCCCCUCCACCUGCUGGACCCCCUCCACCGGCUGGACCCCCUCCACCCCCUGAAGUCUGCUGUCACGUGUUACAUGUCAGGACGCCAUCAGGAGUCGGUACUCUGUGCAGGGUCCCGAGGCUCUCCAGUGGCCGGACGCCAUCAGGGUUUGGGACGCCAUCAGGGUUUGGGACGCCAUCAGCGUUUGGGACGACAUCAGGGUUUGGGACGCCAUCAGGGUUUGGGACUCUGUGCGGGGUCCAGACUCUGUGGGGGGUCCAGACUCUGUGGGGGGUCCAGACUCUGUGCGGGGUCCGGAGGCUCUCCGGUGGCCGGCAGGAUGCCAGUGACGGUGCGGCCGGCUGGUACGGUGGCCUCUCGGACUCGGCGCCGGUCCACCUGUGUGAACACUUCCUGGUGAGCGUGCAGCAGCUGAGCGGGUUGCCGUGGUGGCUGAGCAUCGUCGUGGCGACGCUGUCGGUCCGGACGCUCAUCACUCUGCCGCUCGCCGCCUACCAGAUGGUUGUCCUCGCCAAGGUGGAGGCGCUGCAGGCCGAGAUCUCCGAGCUGGCAAAGAGGCUUCGAUACGAAGUUUCAGUGCGAGCGAGAGAGAGAGGCUGGACGGAGAAACAGAGCCGGUUCCAGUUCCAGAAGAAUCUGCGUCGUCUUGUCUCUCAGCUCUACAUCAGAGACAACUGUCACCCGUUCAAAGCCAGUGUUCUGGUCUGGGUUCAGCUGCCGCUGUGGAUCAGCCUCUCCCUGGCCCUCCGAAAUCUCUCCCUCAAUCAGCCCGAUGUUGGGGCUGAUGUGACAGAUGUGUUUCCAGAUGUUGGGGCUGAUCUGGCAGUGGGAGGAGCUCUCUGGUUCCCUGACCUCACCGUUCCUGACUCCAGCUGGAUGCUUCCGGUGUGUCUGGGACUCACCAACCUGCUCAUCGUAGAGGUGUUUUCUCUCCAGAGAGUCAACCCGUCUCGUGUUCAGAGGAUUGUGACGAACGCCAUCCGAGCGUUCUCGCUGUUGAUGAUUCCCAUCGCUGCGACUGUUCCCUCUUCCAUGGCUCUCUACUGGUUUACCUCCAGUCUGGUGGGAUUCAGUCAUAACCUCGUCCUUCGUUCUCCGGCCGUCCACAAACUCCUCAGACUCCAAACUCCUGGAUCAGCCUCUCCAUACAGAGACCUGCUGUCUGCCUUCAUCGCCAAGUACUGCAGAUAAUACUGCAGGUACACCUUAAAUACUUCACAGAUCAGACCAGGGGCUAGUGGCUAGGGUUAUUGAAGUUAUUAAAGAGUGAUAAAGAAUUCCAGUAUGAGAUCAUGGACCUCUAUCUUCCUGUUUUUCUCUGAACUGUAAUAUAAGUCAAAUAUAUCUGAUAUAAACAUGUGUAUGUAUACAGUAUAUAUAUGUGUGU